UCGCGGCGCCCCUUCGAGGCCGGAGGGAGCUGGGCCGGGCCCGCCUGGCCGGGCAGGGAUGGGAGGAGGGGGCCGUGUUGGCUGCAGCUCGCCUUCCGCCGCGCCCUCCGCGCCCUUCGCGCCCUGUGCCGGUCGCGCGGCGGUAGGAGCCGGAGCCUGUCGAUCUGCCUGCCGAUCUGCCUGCCGAUCUGCCUGCCGAUCUGCCUGCCGAUCUGCCUGCCUGUGGACCGCGCAGGGCCAGAGGCCCGAGGCCCGUCCGGAAGUCCCCGCCGACCUCCGUGCGCCGCGGGCUGCACUCGUGGCGUUUACCUAAUCUUCAGGCUUUUCCUUUGGAGUGGGGGAAGGAAUAAUGUUGUCAGCAUGUCUGCACACUCCAUGCUCUGUGAACGAAUCGCCAUAGCCAAGGAACUGAUCAAGAGAGCAGAAUCACUUUCGAGGUCAAGAAAAGGUGGCAUAGAAGGUGGUGCAAAGCUAUGCAGCAAAUUGAAGGCAGAAUUAAAAUUCUUACAGAAAGUAGAAGCUGGAAAAGUAGCUAUUAAGGAAUCUCAUUUACAGAGCACUAACCUAACACACCUAAGAGCCAUUGUGGAAUCAGCAGAAAACUUGGAAGAAGUUGUUAGUGUUCUUCAUGUCUUUGGUUACACAGAUACCUUGGGGGAAAAACAGACCCUUGUGGUGGAUGUAGUUGCAAAUGGUGGUCAUACUUGGGUGAAGGCCAUUGGCCGGAAGGCUGAAGCUCUACAUAACAUUUGGCUAGGCAGGGGCCAGUAUGGUGACAAAAGUGUCAUCGAGCAGGCUGAAGACUUUCUCCAGGCCAGUCACCAGCAGCCAGUGCAGUAUAGCAACCCUCACAUCAUCUUUGCAUUUUACAACAGUGUCUCCAGCCCUAUGGCUGAGAAGCUGAAAGAAAUGGGCAUAUCCGUGAGAGGAGACAUAGUCGCAGUGAACUCUCUGUUAUGUCACCCUGAAGAGUUCCGACUGAGUGAGAGUGAAUCGGAUGAUGAGGGCCCUGAACUUUUGCAGGUGACCAGAGUAGACCGAGAGAAUAUACUAGCGAGUGUUGCGUUUCCAACAGAGAUUAAGGUCGAUGUGUGCAGAAGAGUAAACCUGGACAUUACUACUUUAAUCACGUAUGUAUCUGCCCUCAGCUACGGAGGCUGCCACUUUAUCUUCAAAGAAAAAGUGCUCACGGAACAAGCAGAGCAAGAGAGGAAAGAACAGGUUCUACCACAGUUGGAGGCAUUUAUGAAGGACAAAGAGUUGUUUGCUUGUGAAUCUGCUGUCAAGGAUUUUCAGUCUAUUCUAGAUACCUUAGGUGGACCUGGGGAGAGAGAGAGAGCCAUUAUGUUAAUUAAACAAAUUAACGUGGUGCCAGACCAGCCUUCCGAGCGUGCCUUGAGACUAGUGGCCAGUUCAAAAAUCAAUAGCCGAUCAUUAACGAUUUUUGGGACAGGAGAUACUCUAAAAGCUAUCACAAUGACUGCGAAUAGUGGUUUUGUCAGAGCUGCCAAUAACCAGGGUGUUAAAUUUAGUGUGUUUAUCCAUCAGCCCAGAGCACUUACUGAGAGCAAAGAGGCUCUAGCCACCCCCUUAGCAAAAAACUACACAACUGAACACUAAUGAUAGCCUUUAAAUAUUGUCAUGGAAGUGAGUGAGUGAUAACAAAGACUGGGUCUUCCCAUCUAAAUUGGAAAAUAAAAAGGCCUUAGUAAAAAUAAUACUUAGAACUCUCAAACCCAUACAGUUGAUUGUGUGUCUUGUCUGUAAAUCAUAUAACCUAAAGUAGAAAAAACUUGAGAGACUUUAUCAAACUAUCUAAAUUAUAGCAAUUACUUCUAUAUAAGGCUUUUGGCUGUAUGACAAUACUUUUAUUUGAUUCAGUAGGGCUGCAGCCCUUUGCUGGUAAUCCUAUUUCGUGGAAUACAGCUAUACAGCAUCUUGCAUUAAAACUUGUUUUUCAUUAUAUUGGUUUAUCCAUUGAUGUGGGUUGCUGGGAGGUAAUAGUUUAUAAUUAACUUUAGAUUCUAGAGUUAUGGCCAUUAUUAAUGUAAAGAAACUUCCUGACAGUAUUGCUAUAUGUUGGGCAGUCUGGUGGGUAUGUUUACAAAGAAUAUAUUAAUAUAGAAGAAAAGUGAAUACUUGUGAUUCAAGUCCCAUGAAUGCAUUGAUACACCUUUGUGAAAAGAAAGCCAACAAUUGCACUACUGUAAACCUAGGAUGUUUAAGAUACUAAUUUGAAUAAAUUGAAAGGAAUUACCUGAAACACUGUAAAAGAAUUCAUAUUUUACUUCUAAGUACAAAAAGCCCCAUGUUGGAAGUAUUUGAAUUAUGAAUACUCCCUCUCUGUUCUUUUUGCAAGUGGCAGUUGACAAUUGCAUUACUUCACUAUUGUGAAACGGUGGUAUAGGAGAUUCCAUGCCUGUUGUAUGGUUGUAUGACACCAGUUGUAGUUAAAAAUAAAUCUUUAUGUCCACAUUGCA